AUGCCUCUGUUCUCGCUGUUUAGCGGGAAAAGGGAGGUCUCCCCAUCGGGAGAAAGUUCGCCGAAACGUGUAAAAAUUGAGGAUCAAUCUGCGGACAAUGAACCAAAUGUCCAGCCGACAUCUGUAUCAGCUACUACUACCAAGCAUGAAGAUGAGAAAGAAGUCACCGACCAGCCUAUGGAAGUCCAGGCGACCGUGGAUGCUUCAAAUCUUACGCAGCCUACUCCGAAGCAUGAAAACGAAGAAGUCAUCGAUCAACCUACCGAGGCUCAGGCGACAGUGGACGCCAAUCAUCCCCAGGCCACUCCGGAGCAUGAGGACGAGGAAGAAAUCGUCGACCAACCCAUCGAAGUACAGACGACUACGAAUGCCAAUCAUCCCAGAGAGAAAGAGUUCAAACUCAAUCAGCUUCCCCAUGUCGACCCCGACAACCUUGAAAGCCUUAUACGACGCCUUAAAGAAAUGUCACGCGCUGAAACCGACACCUACGUCGAGAUGAAACAAGACAGUCACAACUUCCUGCCAGCAGACGAGGAAGAAGUUGACACAAAACAAACUGAGAGUAAAGAAGACGAUGACGACUUGAGAACCCUUGAAGGAUUGCGCAUCCAGCGAGAAUUGAUGGGUAUCCUCCUCCCGAAGAACUGCAACCUUGAAGAAAUCUGUCGAGAUAUGGACGUCAACACAGAAGGGAUCAUCUGGAAGGAUGGUAUUCAAUUCCCAGGCAUGAUGGAGAAUGCCAAACCCCAUCAGGUCAUAGGUGCGAACUGGAUUUGUGACACCCUGAACUCAGCGAUUCGCGCUGCUAUUCUUGCAGAUGAGUGUGGCACUGGUAAAACACUUCAGAUGCCCCUCGCUCUACUCUUCCAUUAUCGCCGUGUCAAAAUGGAAAUUGAGAAAGGGACUUUCCAGCCUCUCGACCCUGAGCGGAAAUUCAAACCCAGUAUCCUCCUAUGUCCAAGCGGUGCAAUCGCUCGGCAAAUCUUUCGAGAGAUUACGCGAUGGUUUGGUGACUUUUUCCAAAUCAAAAUCUUCCACAAGACAUCCAAGACUGCGCCAGAUGACCUUAUCGAUUCAUCGAUCAUUGAAGAGACAGAUGAACUUGAAGAUUGGAUUGAUGAAAAGGCAGCGGCCCAUGCGAACCCCGAGACUCUCCGUAGUAUUGUCAUCACUCCAUACAUGACGGCCGUUCGUCGUAUGUUCCUUUCCAGCAAGGAAGUUGCAGAGCUCGAAGCGAACGGUAGCAUUCAAACUGAUGGAAACCAACAUGGACACGGCCCACGUCACGUCAGGAAAGGCAAAAAGGCAGAGAGAAAGUGGGUUCUAAGGAUUGAAAAUGCACAGUUUAACUGGGUCAUGUGCGACGAAGGACACACUACAAGGAACCCGCGCACAGGAACUCAUACCUUGGUGAGAAUGCUUCACAAAGAGGCAACACUAAUUGUCUCGGCGACACCAUUGCUCAACCACCAGCGCGAUUUCUGGGGGUACGUCAACCUGUUCUGGAGACACGAGUGGCCAUUCAAGUUCAAGAGAAGCAAACUCAGCCCUUUCAUAUACUACAGAGAGAAAGCCUGGAACACCAUAAAGGAGGGCAAAGAGUAUCGUGGUCUGACCAUGGAUCAUGUUCUGGGCUCGGAUGAUGCUGAUGAUGAUGAGACGCCAUAUGGUCCACUGACCGCACGGGAACAAACACUCAAGACAGAAUUCAUCGAAUUCAUCAAGCAAAAGAAGGGUCCUCUUUUCUUGAUGAACCCGCAUCUCUACAGCUCCUUUCGCCACAGUUUAGGAAAAGCAGACAGUGUGAUCUCCCAACGAGCUAUCAAGCCACUGAUGAGACUUCUCUGCAUUCGUCGACGUAUGCUUACCGAGCUGACCUUGCCUGAUGGGUCAGUGGUCAUGCCAGGGGAUGAAAUCCGUCCUGUAUGGCUUCGGAUGGUCAGGGCCAAGCCUAGUGAAGAGCACGAGGAAAGGCUGCAUGAGAUGAUAUCUGAACAUAUAGGCGAUCUCUAUCUUAACAGCCAUGAAGAUCAGGAGAAACUGCUUGAAAACAAUGUGAUCGACGAAAACAAAGGUGUCGUGAUGAACUCGGCCAUCUUACGUACACUUGCUUUGGCUACGACUGCCCCGGCAUUCUAUUCACUGACGCGACCAGACCCGAAGGCUCCAGUCACUCCUAAAAAACCGCCGACUGCUGCCGAUUCAGAGAAUAUCAACAGGAUCAUCAGCCAGGAUCGUCGUGAUGGUGAUCACACUCAUGGGCUCCAAUGGUAUUACGAAAAAACAGUUGGGAAACAUCAAGCCCCUCGUAGUCGCGAAGACGUCGUCUUGACGCUCUGUCAUGAAAGUCCAAAACUAGCCUGGGCAUUGUACCGAGUCCUGGAGCUACGCAAGAAGAAGGAUCGUGUGAUAAUAUUUGUCAACUAUCCUUUGACUUCAAUGGUUUUGACAGCGCUACUGAAGUAUCUGUCCCUGGAUACCAUGAGCAUUCGAAGCUCACACGACGAAAAUCAGCGCGCCGAGGCAGUCCGCAGGUUCAAUUCACUAGAUUUAUCCGUCGACGUCCUUGUCACAUCCCUCCAGCUGAACGGCUUUGGUAUAAACUUUCACGGCGCUUGUCACAAUGGCAUCGUUCUCGAAUAUCCCCACAACAUCCAAACCCUUCUGAAUGCUUUCGGUCGCCUUUAG